GAAAAAAGCCCGAACUAUUGCUACCAUGUCUAUAGAAGCGGAUGAGGAGGAGGCGCCAUUUCCUUUCCUACGCUUGCCUAUUGAAAUCCAGCGCGCUAUUUGCGCUGACUUGUGCGAGCACUGCGCCUACGCAGACUGUACCUUGAGUGCCCCCAGUGCCCCCGUCUUUUACGAGAUGCAACGUUUUUACGUCUAUGAAGAAGAUCUAUGCAAUCUUUCAAGAUCUUGCCGUGUUCUUCGGGACAUCGCCCAGCCCAUCUUAUAUCAUGUCGUUCCACUCUUUUACAAUCAUCGUCCGGCAAAAUUCUUGCGUACGAUUCUACGCCGCCUAGACCUCGCUGCCAGUGUCCGAGUAUAUACUGGUUUUUAUCACAUGUACUCAGAAGAUGGCGGCUUCACGCCUAGCAUUUCAUACAUACACGAGUACGAAGAAAAAUUAAGAGAAGCGGCUGGGAUAUGUGCUGAGAUAGAGAAGGCUCUUGAUGUGGUUGAUCCUCGUGAUCUUGGUACCGAUGGCUUCCUUGGACAGCCGUUUGAGGGAUCUUGGGUGGAGCGUUCAGCGCAAGUGGCCCAGAUUGACAAUCUCAUUACGUCUAGUUUCUUGGCACUAUGUCCGAGUUUGCAAUUCCUUUGCUUCCGUAUUUCUACGUCCACGUUUGAGGCUGUCAAGUCUCCUACGUUUCAGUAUAUGCAACGACGAAUCGAGAAGACAGGAAGUAUCGGGGUUCAGGGCAACGAAUUUCCGUCCCUUAAGACGCUGGCUAUUGAAUGGCCUUGCCGCAUUACUUCCAAGAGUCUGGGGCUCGAAAAGAUUAGCCUUUUAUUAGACGCCAUGCCCAAUCUACAGCGACUCCUUCUCAUUGGCGCACGAGGGGAGCUUGAGAAUUCUUGUACUACGGUUGGCAAGCUGUCAUGGCCUGGGAUCUCUAAGCUUCGGCAGCUCUAUUUUCUCGGCUAUUGCACAGGCCGGACGCUGCCUGUUCCUUAUGAUGCCAUGCACCAUAUUGUAGAACAGACGUCAGGGAUAGAAAGCUUUGUCUUCCACGCCAUGUCGUAUCUGGAUGCUUGGAUCACGCCGAAUCCAUUCUCUCCCGCUCGCCUGUUGCAGUCUCUUCUCACAGCCAACACACAAUUCGAGACAUUUCUAUCGCUACAAGCUUCAUAUUCCUAGAACCAGACUUGACAAAAGUCACGAUAGGGCCCGUGCUGAGAGAAUUCUCGAACCUUGUGUUUCUGGAUCUUACCGAGCAUUGCUUUUGUUUGCACUGGCUUGAUGGCAAGGAACACCAUCCGACAACAUGUUUAGUAGACACGCUGCUGGUGACGGUGAGACGUCUAACUGUCAAGUUACAUGAUAGGUACCGCGCCGUUCAAGAUGUUAUAGGUCUUGGACAAAACGUGGCUACAGGGAGCUUCCCCCAGCUACAGACCCUCAAAGUGGAAUUUCCAUGUGAAGUAGAUCAUAAACGGGAAGAUUACACGCUGACUCGGACACCUGAAAGAUGUCUGCCUGAUUGUUUUUACUGCGACGAAGACUAUAGCAGUAAAAAGCUGGAAGCGCUGGUAGCCGAGUCACGGCCUCUAAUACUAGCAGCAUUCAGGGAUACAGGUGUAACUGUGACAGUAGAAUGCACGGAAUUCGAUCCAAUUACCUAUCACAUUUAUCAACAUUACUGUUAGUUUGGACCGUGUAUGCCUUACUGCUUUUAUCUGAUAGAACGGGAGCAAUUGUCUCCCCAAGUUGGAGACGCUAGCAGCGCCGUUUGGCUGUAUGGUGUAUGGUGUAUUUCGUUUCUUGAUCAAUAGAUUGGACGUUUCUGACUUUCUUAGAAGCCACGUCGCUGCCCAAUGUUACAUCCUGCGUCGCCAAUCGAGUGAAUGCCAACAGAGGCGAUUGGUGCAAAAUGUAGAUUCCUUACUCCGCAAUAUCGUUCACGAGCAAGCGUUGGAUGGGGGGUUCCGCGUAUCUGCAGCCAGGACUUGCAUUGCAUAAUUUACCCUGCUGAGCUCGACCGAGGUUCGUACCGGAGCGAUCGGAUCCGUUCCCGCAAAGGGCAUUUGCACUGGUUGUGUAUAUGUAUGUACCUACAACAGUUGUACCAAACCUGUACGUAGAGCGCCACCCGUGUUAAGAAGAACUUGGUUUAGUUUAGUGCUG